AAAAUAUGCUUAGUGGGGAGACGAGCAUUUGGACCCGGAAGAGGGUUCUUCAGUCCAAGGGAGAUAACUCUAAUACAGCUAAUGGUUUCACAGCUGGGAAAAGGUGUUCCAGCGUGCUUUACAACGACCUCGACAAUUGCUUUCCAUCACAGUAGCUUGUAUAUCUGUCAGCAUCUCUCUCUAUCAUAUUCAGACAUGGCAGAUCCUGUCCAACGUUUGAGCAUACCCCUUCCCCUGACUCUGACUCUCCCCGACGGUAGUGACGUCAUCAUUGACCACCUGACCGAUGCCCAGAUGACCGAGAUGUAUGCAAUGAUUAAAGAUGCCGCCCAACACGGUGAAGGAUAUGGAAUGGAUGAAUAUCUGAAUGAGGAAGGAUUCCGAUCUGAAGUUGGGUCAGGUGAGAAGCUGGCGGUCAUGAGACGGGACACAGGCGAGCUGAUAGCAGGUGUGGGAAACAGUAUCGGACAUACAUGCCGGACUCAGGUGGUUGUCGAAGCCUUCCUCGUCGUCAAACGUUCAGAACGAGGUCGAAAGCUAGGAUACUUGGUCCUCCAUUUAUCAAUUCUGUUGGCACGCGAUUUUGGUUAUGUUGGACUUUUGUUAAACAUGGUGAGAAAUAACACAGUCAUGCAAAAGCUCUCCGAUUAUUUUGGUUUUACACGAGUCGGAGAGCUGCCCGUGAGUUGUCUGCUACCCAGUGGUCAGUUAGAGGGAGGUCUGUUGUACUACCUGGAUGUUAGCAAGAUGGGUGCUUUGAAGAAUCUUAUUCAGCAAAAGGAUGGAAAAUAUGUAUUUGUCAUUCCAGGAUAAUACUUCAGUGAUUACUUGACCGCAAUUUAUUACUUAUGAAUGAUGAAGUAUGAUUGGUGCAAAUGGUCGAAAUGUAAAAUAUAAAA